CUUUUUUGCUUCACUCGUGAACUUGGCCGCCCAAGGUAUACUCCAUACUAUACUUCCAUUCCACACGUAUGGGUAAGGUAGUUGCCAAUUGCUCCUCCUCUCACUCCAAUUGGAUUACCGCCAACAGCAACCCAUUUGCCAUUCAGCAGUCCGGCUCCCACUCUCCUACCCCCCGGUCAACUUCCCCUCCGUUGCGCGCAGACUCCCCAGACUCGGAGACGACGAAAAGCGACUCGACCAACGAAAGACCCGAUCAAUAUUGAUAGGGCUGACAGAAACCUACAUCCAUACCUUAAGCUUCCGUUCAGAUUCCCCAUGUCGUGGAGAAUACAAGAACUCCCCGAGAAGGAAAAGGGAGGGGCGGCGCCGGCAAACAACCGCAGCCCGACGCGCCGGCUAUUGAAAGAACUGGACGUAUGGCGCGGGGAGCAGGCAUCGGAGAAGGGGAUCGAGAGGUUAGGUCCCGUGGGGGAUGAGGAUCUCCUGCGGUGGGAGGCGGUGGUGAAUGGACGGGGGGUGGGAUGCGGAUACGACGAAGGCCGCUGGCUCCUCACCAUCGAAAUCCCACCAACCUACCCCCUCCACCCGCCGCGCAUCCGCUUCGCCACCCCCAUCAUACACCCCAACGUCGCCUUCGACUCAGGCGAGAUCUGCCUCGACCUGCUCAAGGAGGCCUGGACCCCGGCCUACAGCGUGCUCGAGUGCGUGCGCGCCGUGCGCUCGCUGCUGUCGUACCCGGCCGUGGACUCGCCGUUCAACGUCGACGUGGCGGCGCUGCUCCGCGCGGGGGAUGUCCGGGGGGCGCGCGGGCUGGUGGAGUUUUGGUGCCAUGAGGAGGGGGGGAGGUAUGAGGGGGAGUGAGGGGAGUGAGCAUGUGUUGGCAGAAUAGAAGGUGAAGGUUAUAGUGAGACAUGCAUGCUGUUGUAUAUAUAUGUUUGAGGAUAAAGGUCCAAGCAAAGCAUGUGUCUAUAAAGCGAUGGAAGAGGAAAGACAUCACAUCGUUGUGGUUCAUAGUUACGGUAAUAGUUCCUUCAGUGAUCUAUUGACUCGUGACUCGGUUGAAAAGGAAAUGAAGAACAAAACAGAGGGCAUCUUCUCGUUUGGAGAGUGCCUGGAUACAUAAAGGUAGUAAAUAUAAAUCAAUAAUACC